CUGGAGACAACAUCUCUCCCAAUGACGCUCAUGUUUAUGACCAGAAAAUAAUUCGGCGGAGGAUAUAUGAUGCACUAAAUGUCCUAAUGGCAAUGAACAUCAUCUCCAAAGACAAGAAGGAAAUCAAAUGGAUCGGCUUCCCAACUAAUUCUGCUCAGGAGUGCAAGGACCUGGAGGCCAAGUGCCAGCGACGACUUGAAAGAAUCAAGCAGAAGCAGUCUCAGCUUCAAGAGCUUAUACUACAGCAAAUAGCCUUCAAGCGCCUGGUGCAAAGGAAUCGCGAGGCAGAGCAGAAGAACCACAGACCUCCUCCCAACACAGUCAUCCACCUCCCCUUCAUCAUAGUGAACACCAGCAAGAAGACCGUCAUCGACUGCAGCACCUCAAAUGACAAGUUUGAGUACCUGUUUAACUUUGACAACAUGUUUGAGAUCCAUGAGAACAUCGAGGUGCUGAAGCGCAUGGGCAUGGCGCUUGGGCUCGACUCCGGCAAAUGUACGCCAGAAAAUCUGAAGAUAGCCCGAACCCUCAUACCUAAAGUGCUGGAACCUUAUGUAACAGAUAUGGCACAGGGAGUCCACAGACAUUCUCAUACAAACAGUGAUAAUGGAGCUGUUUCCACUAUGGCCUCCAGCUCCAACAGCUCGUACCAUGGCAGCUCUCGUGAUACUCCGGCAUCCUUCCUAUAAGACGAGGAAGAGGACGAAGAUGAUGAUGA